AUAUUCAUAAUAACACUUAGGAAUAUAGUGUGCCAAGUGCUUAUUUGAUGAUUAAUAAAUGUAAUGUUUGCAUUUUCAGCGCCAACGGACCACUAGUAAUUCUUAAUAUAUUAGUUUUAAAUAAAUAUUACCUUUACGAUAAAAUAAACCAUGAAGGCCAGAAGGUACUUUACUAUUUUAUUAAUAAUUUCUAUAAUUCUGACGACUGCUAAUUGUGCUGAUAAAAAAGGUAAAUCAUGGAAUUCAAAAUUACUAUCAAAACUUAACAUCGGGAAACUACUCAAUACUAAAAAUGGAAAUUAUUUUAAGGAUUGGGAUUCAAGUUCAUUCUCAAGAAACUUUUUCAAAGCCAUUGGAUAUGCACCUACUAUUAAAGAGAAUAAUACGGAGGAACUAGAAAGAAUGUUACUUAAUGAAGCGGAUUUAAUUAAAAUAUCAGCAUUUAAUAGAAUUAACCAGCUUUCCAAAACUACAGCCAAUAAAAAAAAUUUGAUUCUUUUAAAACUUGAGGGUACCAUAGAACUGAUCAAAUAUUAUGGUGUUGCAUACAAUUGUCCGAUGGUAAAAAUUACAUUUGCUCAAGGACUUUAUUAUGUUUACCGAUGUCGGAUAUUACAUGGAAAAGACUUGGGUGAAUGUUUACUGAAGAAAAUUCGAUUGAUUGAAGCCUUCAUUUUUAGUUCUAAAAUUCAGCAAAAUCGUCUUAUGAGAUAUUGGUUUAGAAAAACUAAAGAAGAAGCAGCAAAACAUAUAAAAGAUAACCAAAACCUAAUAUUAAAAUUUGUCGAUACGAGAAUCGCAUGUGAAGCAAAAUUAGGUCAAGAAAAUAAAAACACAUUAUUAAAAGCAGGACUGAGAUUAUUUACGGGUAGUGGUAAAAUUACUGAUUGUGUUAGUGAAUUAAAGAAAUACGAAAAUGCAAUAGAAACGGUUGGUUCAUUUCCUGCAGAAUAUCGUUACUUAUUAGCCAGAGCAUAUUCCCACGUUAAUAGAGGACAAGAUGCUAUAGACCAACUUUUAUUAGCACGUGAAAAAUUAGUUAAAGACUCAAAGACUCGCUACGCUAAUAAAAAAGUACAACAAUAUUUUGAAAAACAAUUUACACGUCUCCCAGAUCAGAAAAAAAUGGACCUCAUUCGAAAAUUAUAGUAUAAUAUGAUAUAAGUAAAUGUUCUUAGUUUAAAAAGUUAAUAUUUAUUUAUCUUAUUUUUAUAAAAAGAAAAAAUAUACAUCAAUUAGCCACUAGGUAAUAUACUAUGAAAAAUGCAUUUAUUUA